AUGGAAGACAUGCUUCAGCUACCGCUAGAUGUCGUGAAAGCGCCCGUUCUCUCUGGAGCCGGCUCCAUACUUGCAAUCAUUGUUGGUGUUGCCGCGGUUGUUGGCGUUUCUUCUCUUCACAAACAUGCAGCCUCUUGCAGUGACGCACAGAAGUUAAAGAAGGCAGAUUUACGUGUCGGUUUGUUGCGCAUUCAUGUGCCUCAGAACUUUCGAGAUCUGGUGAAAAAUGAUGUUCUUUUGGAAAAGGCAAUUGAACUUGUUUCACAGACACUUUUUAUCUUUGUGUCGGGACGAAAUAAACAUGAGGUGGUCAAUUAUAUUAGCGAGCUAUAUGGAAUGUCGUGGGACGUCGCGUGUGCGAUGGAGAAACCUUUUUUGAAUAUGCGGAUUGUAGGUGAUGGAGGUAGUAAAACGUGGGAAGAGUUGGUACUGCAGCCGGAACUGAACGCUGUCUUCGGUGAGGACGCGAAGGUUGACGUUCACUGCCUCAAUGCUCCGCGCUUUGAGCGCGACGGAUUGUUUGCUGUCACGUAUUAUCCGUUGGCAAUGCAUGUGGAGAGAAGACUUGCAGCCGACGUCAGCUACUUUGAGAAUGAACACACGGAUCUGACGCCGCACAAUCUGGUCAUACUUGGUGGCACGUUUGAUCACCUACACAAUGGCCACAAAAAGCUGCUUUCGCUAGCUGUAAGCAUUUGCGCGAAUCGAAUGUUAGUGGGUGUUACAGCUCAGAGUAUGCUGACAAAUAAGUCGCAUGCAGAGUUGCUAGAGCCAUUGGAAAAGAGAAAGAGUGCCGUGCGUGAUUACAUUGCAUUUUUAAAUCCGCGAGUCAUCGUGGAUAUCGUUAAGAUUGAAGAUCCGUUUGGUCCGGCCGUCGUGAUUCCGGAGCCAGCGGCCAUGGUUGUAUCUUCUGAGACUCUAGCGGGUGCUGCAAAGAUUAACAGUAUUCGCGUGGAUCGUGGUCUGCCAAAGCUUUACAUUUUUGCGUGUCGUAGAACCGAAAGCAGCACUCUGAGCUCGACUUGCAUCCGUGAGAAAUUGCGGUCUUGCAAUAGCGGGAUUUGA